CGGCUCAGGCCCGGUCCAUCUCAGCACAUCCUCCGCCUGGCUCUCGUGCCCUGUUUCUUCCCCAGCGGUUCCCCACCCAACGGUUCCAACCUCGGCUAUUCUCCACUCCACUCGAUCCCCACGCACGCACUCUCUCUGAGGAAACCAUUGCUGCUCUCCCCUCCCCGUCCCCAGAGCUGAGGAGGAGAACCCGAGAAGAAACCGCGAGAAUCCCAAGGACCCCCACCCCGAACAAGAGCAGGAGCAGGCAAUGUCAGUCGAGGACCCCUCCUCCGCGCCUAUCCCCCCCGCCGGGGCGGGGGCUGGGGCGGCGCGGCCCAAGCGCACGUCGUCUGCGCCGAUCCGUCCCUCCGACUACGCGCACAGCCCGGCGCACCACUGCGUCGCGCUUCGGGACGCCGCGGGGCUGUCCGCCAUCCUCUCCGGCCUCCCGCCGCUCGCCCACCCGUCCCGCAUCCUCUCCGCCGCCGACGCCUCCCGCGAGGCCCGCCUGGCGGCGUCCGUCUCCGCGGCGCUCGACCGCCGCGACGUGCCCGGCGGGGACACGGCGCUCCACCUCGCCGUGCGGCUCAGGCUCCCCUCCCACGCGUCCGCGCUCGCCGCCGCGGGGGCCGACCCCACGCUCCAGAACCACGCCGGCUGGACGCCGCUCCAGGAGGCGCUCUGCCUCGGCUGCAAGGACAUCGCGCCGUCCCUCCUCCGCGCCCACCGCCUCGCGGCCUGGGCCAAGCUCCGCCGCCGGGCGCCCGCGCUGUCCGCCGCGCUGCGCCGGGUCCAGGACUUCUACCUCGAGGUGGACUUCCACUUCGAGAGCUCCGUCGUGCCGCUCCUCUCGCGCGCCGCGCCGUCCGACACCUACCGCAUAUGGAAGCGCGGCGCCGACCUGCGCGCCGACACAACCCUCGCCGGCUUCGACGGCCUCCGCAUCCGCCGCGCUGACCACUCCUUCCUCUUCUUCGGCGAGGAGGCCGAAGCCGGAGGCCGCCGCCUCCCGCCGGGCUCGCUCCUCGUGCUCCACCGCGGCAAGCGCGAGGUGCACGACGCGUUCGCUGCGGCCGCGGCCGCCGGCGAUGAGGAUGCGGCCACCUCUGACGCAGCCGCCUACCGUCCGGGGCUCAACAUCACCUCCGCGAGGCUUGUUCCGAGAACCACGUGGUUGCGGAAGGAGAAGACGGAGAGCGUCGGGGAGUGGAAGGCGCGGGUGUUCGACGUCCACAACGUCGUCUUCUCCUUCCGGACCCUCAAGGCAGCCAACGCAGGUCGCAAGGAUUUCACCUUCGAGCUCGCCGGAGACGACGAAGGGGAAGAGUUCUUGCCGCUAGAGAUCCGGGAUGACGACGAGGACGGGGAUUUCUUGGUCGCCGACAUCCCCCCGGCCCCGCCACGGCGCAGCUGCUACGUGCCCGGCCGGCGCAGCGUGGCAGGGCCGCCCUCGCACAUGGGGACGCCGCAGAGGCGGAGGAACAGCGUGGACAUGCCUCGACGGCUACCGACCUGCGCGUCGGUGGGCCGCGGCGAGGAUGGCCUGUUCGGGCGCCACGCGACGACGGGGGGAGCCAAGUGGAAGGAGGAAGAGACGGUGAAGACGCUCCGGCCAACCGUCUGGCUCACCGAGGACUUCCCGCUGAGCGUCGACGAGUUCUUGCCGCUUCUGGACAUCCUGGCAACCCGUGUGCGCGCGGUCCGCCGCCUCCGUGAGCUGCUCACCACGAAGUUCCCGACGGGGACAUUUCCAGUGAAGGUGGCAAUCCCUGUUGUUCCGACCGUGAGGGUAGUUAUCACUUUCACCAAGUUCGUCCCCCUGGUCGAGCCAGAGGAAUUUUUCACACCGAUGUCGAGCCCCAGCCUCUUGGCGAGCCCAGGUCCUGGAUCCAUCAUGCCUAAGCCAGACACCCACAGGAGCUCCUAUCUGAGGUGGGCCUCGAAGAAUUCCAGAGCAAAGCCUGUCAAUCUGUCGCAGGUUGCAGACAACACAGACCCCUUCACGAUCCCGAGUGACUACACCUGGGUGAACCUGGGCUCCUCCAAGAGCCAAGACAAGAAAUCAUCCAAGAGUGGCAAGAAGGGCAAGAGCAGAGAGACCUAGCUAGCUCUGUUCGAUUUAGUGGCCUCGAUUUACUGCGAGCUAAUAAUAGGCCAGAGCCCAGAACCUGUAAGUACCAAGCAUCUGGGACAAAGCCCUGCCCCGCUGAUACCUAGCGUUAGCCUGCAUUUGCGUCGAAGAAAGACCGUGAUUAGCUGCUGUCUGAAAUAGCUGGUGUGGAACCAGGUCUGCUGAUAUUUCUUCCUCCUUAUGUUGCCAUUUGUUCAACUGACUGUUCUUAAGCAAAUGUUGUUGUAAAACUGGGCAGUGCCAACUGCAGAAUUUGCUGCUGGUCCUAGCCACCCAACAAGCGUCUGUGCUAUAUGGAUAUUCCUUUGGUUCUUUCAUAUAUCUUGUGCUUGUGCA